GAAAAAUGUAAUAUGGUGAAUUUGUGAGGAAUCACAAAACCAGCUGCAACGUGAAUGUACGGGUGAGUUACGCCGCAAUAAUUAUGUGCACUGUCGAGUCCCCGGCUAUGGCGGUCCCUCCCGUACGCCAUCCGUUCGCUCUCCGCCCCCGAGCUCUUCUCCGCUUCAGAAUCCCCCGCAAGCGUUUCUCAUUUUCUCUAUGUUUCUGCGUUUCAUCCUCCUCCUCGGCAGUCCCAAUUUAUUUCGAUCCUUGUUCCUCACCGGAAGUGUUAGCUCCGCCUCUGUCUAACCCGGGCAUCCCCAUCUCUGCCACCAAAUGGGAACCCUUCUUAAAGAAGAAAGUUGUUAUGCGGGUCGGAUACAUAGGCUCCGAUUAUCGAGGACUUCAAAAGCAAAGGGAUGAACAUGCGUUCUCUACCAUUGAAGGUGAACUGGAAAAGGCUAUUUUCAAGGCAGGCGGUAUUAAAGAUAGUAAUUUUGGGAAUUUGUACAAAAUUGGCUGGGCAAGAAGUAGCCGGACUGAUAAAGGAGUGCAUUCUUUGUCUACUAUCAUAUCCUUGAAAAUGGAAAUCCCUGAGACGGCAUGGAAGAAUGACCCUAGUGGCAUGGGUCUUGCAACUAUAGUUGAUUCUCAUCUCCCAGAGAGCAUCAGAGUGUUCAGCAUCCUCCCAUUACAAAGGUCAAACCGGGAAGUUGUUUCGGGGACGGAGAUAGUUUGUCAUCAUCAUCAUUACCCCAGUGCCGCUAAGGCUCCCACCUAGGUGGGGUAAGGGCCUAAGGGGGGGUCGGAUGAAAUACUAGGACUGAUAAUUGGAAGGUAAAAAUUGAGAAAAGUCAAGGGAGAAAACAAAAGAACAUUUGAUGCUAGAAAGGAGUGUAAUGUCAGGCGGUAUUCUUACCUCCUCCCUGCUGAAAUCAUUGGGAUAAAGAAUGAUUCAGAUUCAUCUGAAGUUGACUAUCACUUAUCAGAUUUUAACAAUAUACUAAAAACCUUCGAGGGAGAACAUCCAUUCCACAACUAUACAAUGAGAUCCAAGUACAGGAAACAGUUUCCUACCAGAAACAAAACAAAGGAUAAAAUAGGAAAAACAUGUGCAGAAGAAGAGGAGGAGGAGGGUUUAUCUGAAUCCGAGGACAUUGAUGGGAACAAAUUAUAUGCAGCAAAGAACAGUGUGAGGACCUCUCAGGAAAGGAUUCAAGAUACUCCACCAGGGUCUCGGGAUUGUGAAAUGGAUAAUCUAGAGGAAUGUAAUCCUGUAUUACCAACCCGUGCAAAAUGGCUUUAUGAACCUGAUGAGAAGGAUAAACUCAGUUCUUCCCAUUUCAGAAGGAUAUUUCAUUGUCAUUGUGGGAAUUUGGAGCAGGUUCUUGGUAUGAACUAUAUGGAGAUUUUUGUCUGUGGAGAAUCAUUCAUGUUACACCAGAUAAGGAAAAUGGUAGCAACAGCAAUUGCAAUAAAGCGGAAGUUGCUACCCCGUGAUGUUCUGAGAUUAUCUCUUUGCAAACACUCGCGGAUCAUCCUUCCCCUUGCUCCAUCUGAAGUUUUGAUUUUGAAGGGUAAUGGCUUUGCUUCAAGAACGGUGCCAGGCAACAAAGCAAGAGCUGAGUUGAUUACACUGUUAGAGUCUGAAGAUAUUGUCAAAGCUGUGAAUGAAUUUUACCAUUCCACAAUGUUGCCCCAAUUGUCUGGAUUUUUGGAUCCUUUGGGGUCUCCAUGGAGGGAAUGGGCUGAGAGACUGGAUGCAAACACAAAAAUACCAGAGUGCCAAUUGGAAGAAGUUAGGGCUGCAUGGAAACUAUGGAUGGAAAGCAGAACAUAGUCUAACUUAUAAGUUUUGCUUGAUGAAUUACCUAAGCGUGUACUUGCUUUUUUCUAAAUAAAAAGCUUAUUCAAAUGAGAAAUUUAUUUAAUUUUCUAGACUAUAUCGUGCACAUCAUUAA